CUAAGGUGAUAGUCAAUAACAGACGUAUGUAAGGUACACUGUAACUACAUCAUCAACUGUAUAUUUAUGGAUUUAUUUCUUAAAAUGAGUGAGAUGAAAUAUGAUUAUAUUUCCAUGUUAUUCACUCUCCUCAAAUACAUAACAAUUAUUAACGACUUAACCGAAAGUGGAUUUGAUAUCAUGUCGAUGAGUCAUGGGAAAACCACUUAAGCCACGGAUGACAUGAAUUUGAGAUGCAAGCGGUCGAUACCAGUAAGACGCACAUUGAUGUUGUGAUUUAUAGCUGGAAUAUAUGAUUUCGCAGAAUACUAACUCGAGCGUGAAACAAUGAGUCACGAAGACCAGCUGAAGAACAAACUGUAUAGAAACUGGGUAAAAUCUUCACUUGCUCUGAAAUACCUGAAGGAUGGAUUAGAAGGUUUUGUUGACGAUCAGGCUAGUUUGAUGCAUGAUGCAUUUCUUACCUACCUCAAAGGACAGUUAGGUACCCCAGGUAACCUUUCAUGCAAUUGUAAUCUGUGUGACAUUAUACCACAUCAUUGUGUAAUCAAUCAACCGUGUCGAACUGCAAAUCCAAAAAACUGCAACUGUAAGGGAAAGUCACGACGGAAGGGGUGUCCAAAAAGUAUGUGUGGUGUUAUAUACGACCUGAUAGUAGAUGAACAUCAAAAAAAUGAUCCAAUAUGGUCGAAUACGGAUUCAUCAAAAUGGCUUUCCGACCAUUGGGAGAUUGCGAAAUGUUUCCUCAGUACAACAGGGUACAAAUCGACUGACAAAGAAGACAUGGAUUCGUCCGGUCUAUUGAGCAUUUGCAUUAACUGCAGGUACAUAGCUUCAGUGAUCGCCAACAUCAGGAAUUUUGAACAGGCCCGAGAUCUUCGCAAUACCAUUCUUCACUCCGGUACGUUCGAGUUUCAAGAUGGCGAAGUCCAAACAUUCAUUGCCAAGAUGAUCGAUGUUCUUUCUGAUGGUGACGUUCUGAGCAAGGAUGUUAACGCAUUAGCAGCUACUGAGAACCUCAAAAAGCUACAGAUGGAAGACUUUAGUAUUUCUUCUCAAGAGGCAGACGCCAUGUGCGCAAGUGCCCGGGAGGAAAAUUACUUGAAGCUUAAGCUCUACUUGGAAGAAGAUCUGAAAUCGUUCAACAGAAAACACCAUUCUUCGGUCCCACUUUCGUCGUUUUUGGAAGAGAACGAAGUACCCCUGGCAGAAUUAUAUGUCCAACCAGCGCUUUUUUCUGUUGAAAGUCUUGGCUCCUCUUUCGAAGGACUUCGUUCAAAAGAAAGACGGAAGGUCAAAAGCCUUCAUGAGAUAUUUCACAAUCAAUCAAAGAGGUGCAAUGAAAUAUAUCUAUCUGCAGAUGCUGGUUUAGGGAAAACGGUCUAUAGUAAAUAUCUUGCAAACCUUUGGUGUGAUUCAAUAUACCUCAACCAGGAAUCGGUGGACCUCGAAACUACCCGAAAUUUCGAACCAGGCGAUCUCGAAACCAUCCGCAAGUUUGAUUUCGUGUUCAUUAUUUUGCUUAGAGAGUGUCUUGAAGAUGAAUGCGAUGUCGAUGUUAUGAUAUACAAUCAAGUAAUUUCACAAUUACCAAGAUUACAGUCGUAUUCUCUUGCAUUUGUGGAAAGGGUCUUGACAUGCGAACACUGUCUAGUUGUUCUGGAUGGGCUAGAUGAAUGGAAACACCCAGAGAGGGCUGUCUCAAAGUGUCGAUUGAAAGAAUCAAAUGUACCUCACAGAAAAUCACGAGCCAAAUGCACUAUAUUGACAACAACCCGUCCCUGGAAGAUAGACGUGAUCAAUUUGAAAACCAGUCAAAUUGAUCGACAUAUUGAAAUAGCUGGAAUUGAAGGCAAAGCUUCGGAAGAAUUGAUACAAAAUGUCAUGCUCAAAUUUGAAGAUGAAUGUAUUAACCUUUCCGAAUGUUCAACGAAGCAAUUUUACGACGAACUGCAGAAGAAACACAUCAGUCAUCUUCAGAAAAUUCCACUGCUUUUAAUGCAUCUUCUUUGUGUCUGGUGUGAUGACAUGCAACUGGGAGACUCCAUGUGUGAUGUUUUCUGUGAUAUUAUAAACUUGAACCUCUUCAGAGCUGAGAAGAAAGAUGAAAACUUGUUUCAAGAUACAGGCGAAGGAGUCGAAAACAAAACCGUUCAGGACCUAUUUGAUAGCAAAUAUCACUCAACAAUACAGGCAUUGGCGAAACUAGCAUUCAAUGCAUUAUUUGACUCACAUCGCGAGAAAUCACUGCUAUUUAGCCGGUCGGAAAGUAUCAAAACACUUGGAGAAACAGUUUUUCAGAGGGUUUUGAAGUCUGGUUUAUUGACACAGCGGAAGGUUAUUCGGAAAUUAACUAGACGGGAGUCAGAAGUGUCCUUUCCGCACAAAACAUUCCAGGAAUUCUUUGCAGCCGUUCAUAUUUGUCUAGAGUCCGGCAAAUCGGAGAUGCAGCUGUCACUUUUGACAAUGUGCUCUACUAUGAACACCAUACUGGAGUUCUCAAAAGUGUUCAUAUUUCUUAGCGGUCUGUCCCCUGCAACCGCUUCAGAGAUAUUUUCCAAACUUCAGCCUGCAAUAAUAGCUAGUAAGGAGCGAAAAAUGUAUCUUGCUCAUGGGUCUUUGCUGAAGUAUUGGGAAGAUGUUGCGCCACUAAAGGACUUGCAAGACAUGUUUUUAUCAUGUCAAAUGGAAUACGAAGAUAGAAAGCAAUGCCGCAAUGAACCAUUUUCAGUUAGCGUUUGUGACGUGUUCAUAGACGAUACAAAUAAAAUAAAUCAAGCGUUUUGGAACUUAACAUCCGAUACGUCGAUUGCGAAUACACUGCACAUCAAUGACGUAAACACUUCUGAAGAUUUCAAAAACGUAUUAAGUAAAAUGCCAACCAAUUAUUUGUCUCAACUCGAAAGACUUGAUAUUUGGGCCGUUGCCGGCGAAACUGAAAUUGAUCAUUUAUUUACCUGUGCGAAAGAAACAUUGAAUAUUUUGAUAUUUCAUUCUGGUUGCUGGAAAAGCAUGCGUUGGGUGGAACAUUAUGUCCCUCUUUCAGAGAAAGCGUUUAAUGCCAUGUGUCUCAUGAUGAACCUUGAAACUUUGUCACUGUGGGACUUGCAUCUUACACACAAUCAACUAGUGGAGUUGAGUUCUAGUCUUGAAAAGAAAACUUGCAUUAAACAAAUUGGAUUGGGGGACAUUCACUGUUUAGAUCACGGUGUUUCGUGCAAAGAACUGAGUCUUGACUUGUCGAAGCAAACAAGUCUGAAAAUACUACAAGUGAACUUACUUCCAUAUUCACAUGUGAUGGUCCCGGAGUCGAUCGAGGACUGCGUACUGGGAGCAUUUUUUGAUUCUUGCGUAUUGAAGACUUUAUUUGAAGGACUACAAAGAUCAACCAUGCUACGCGUCUUCAGCUGUUUUGAGCUGAAGAGUGAACAAGAUAUUGAUCUGAUGAUUAGUGCAAUUCCCAAACUACGGGCACUCGAGACUAUGCUUUUACACCGAACCAAUUUAGGGGACAAAAUAAUGACGAUAUCGAAAGAAAUGCUAAGUCUAUCUGUGAUCAAAUUAAAAAGAGUACGUCUCUCGGUCAAAUGCCUGAAAACACUUACAGAGCAAAUCUCCGAUUUCCAUCAGCCAAUAACAAUUGAACUUGUCGGAUGUGAAGUAACGACUAGGGAUGACUUUGAGCAAUUUAAAAUAGAUAUUAUGGCGUCUAGAUCAUUCAAUGUUAUCGAAAACAGCAUUGACCAAUUCAAACGAUCAAGGUUCGUUUUCCAGAGAAGAAAGUGACGUUGCAUGAAAUCAUUCUGUGUUCAGAUAAUAAUUCUCAAGUUCAGUGCGAAAAAGGACAAGUGCAAUAUUAUACACAUACGACUCGUAACGGAUUUAUUUUUAAUUUUAUUCUUUAUUUAUUUUAAGUUUAGAGAUUACAAUAUAUACCUAGCAAUACUCUAUAUCUAUAAAUAUAUAUUGCCUAUUGAAAUGCUAUGUGUGUUUCAUUGUUCAAAGAUGGUAACAUUUAUCAAUAAACAUAUUUUAAUGUAUACAGUAUCAUGA